AUGAUUGUUGUGAACGAUAGUGAAGCGAACGUGGCAGAACAAGAACAAAAGGGAGAAAUGUUCCACAGUUAUCCUCACAUAAUUGGUCUUGAUCACGAACUUUUUCGAUUAAAUGAUACACCCAUAACAGAUGAAUGUCAGUAUAAUGCGCUUGGACGAAUGGAAACAUAUUUGAAAGUACAAAAUGCUAGGAUGCUCGGUUUUCAAACGAACAAAGGCAGUUACUAUUCAAAAAAGCUUUCAUUUAUGCUCGAUGUUAAUGCAAAUAAUGCGGGAGAUCCAUUUGUAAAUGGAAGUUAUACGAUGAAUACUAAAAUAAUGGAACGAGCAGUACUUGAUUAUUUUGCUCAUUUGUGGCAUGCAGAAUCGCCUAGUAAUCCGGCUAAUCGCGAAUCCUAUUGGGGUUAUGUAUUGAGUAUGGGAUCCACAGAAGGAAAUUUAUAUGCUCUUUACAAUGCUCGAGAAUAUCUUAAAGGCAAAAUUUUACACCGAGAACAAAAUCAACAGCUACCGUGUAUAAGAUCAUCAGAGAAAGAUGGACAUUCUGCUAAUACUUAUAUUCCUGUAGCAUUCUUUUCUGAAGAUACUCAUUACUCAGUAGGAAAAGCACUUCGAAUGCUUGAAAUUCGGACAUUUUUUGAAAUAGGUGAAAUGGAAUAUAAAGGUCAAUGUCCAAUUACAUCCGAUGGACAUUGGCCAAAGAAAGUCCCAUGUGAGAAUGGGAAUGGGGGACCAGGCUCGGUAGAUGUGGACAAACUUAUUGUCCUGGUCGAGUACUUUGCUCAGAAAGGCUACCCACCAUUGAUUAUACUGAAUGUCGGCACAACGUUUAAAGGUGCAUACGAUGAUGUUGAAAAAGUUGGCAAUCUUUUAAAGCCUGUCUUGACAAGGUACAAGUUACAUAAACGUACAAUUAAUUAUACUUCUGGUAAAUCUGAUGAACGCACAGGUUAUUGGAUUCAUGUGGAUGGUGCAUUAGGUGCGUCGUAUCUACCAUUUAUUGAAAAAGCACGUGAUCGUAUUAAAGAGCAUAUUCCGAAAUUUGAUUUUUCACUACCAUUUGUUCAUUCAAUUGUUACUAGUGCACAUAAAAUUUCAGGUUGUCCAGUGCCUAGCGGCAUCUAUAUGACAAAACAUAAAUAUCAAAUUACAUCAUAUGAUAAUACUGAAUAUAUUGGUUCACCUGAUACGACAUUUGCUGGCUCACGCAAUGCUAUUGCACCAGCCGCAUUAUGGUGUUAUUAUGCUAGUACUAGCGAUGAAAUAGAAUCGGAAAGAGCUGUUCAAAUGCAAGAUAUGGCAAAAUACGCAGAAACAAAAUUAAAAGAACUAGACCAAGAAUCUCAACAUUAUGGUUACAAUUUAUGGAUAGCACGUUCGCCACUUUCGCUUUCCAUUAUAUUUCGUGAUCCAGAAAAUGAAGACAUUAAACGAAGAUAUAGUUUAUCUGAAAUGAAGUUGCAGAUUGAUGACGAAACAGAGCCAAGAAAAUAUGUUCAUAUUUACACUAUGUCAAGCGUAACAAAAAAGAUGAUUGAAGAACUUGUUGAAGAUUUAAGACGCGAAUACAAAAGUAAAUGGAUGCCGAAAUAA